AUGGCAGCCUUUAGCGAACACGUCGACCCCAUCGUCGACUCUCACCCAUUAAUCAACAGCAUCCCAGCAGAGCUCGUACCAUCUUUCGACCCAGUCUACCUGGAAUACUACAACAAAUACAAUGCAGGCCGACUGGCGACGCACCAAGUGCCCAUCGAAGCCUUCCGCACAAACCCGGCAAAGUACGCAAUCGCCUAUGGACGCGCCAGAGUGAGUGCCGACGGCCUCGCAAUCACUGACAGGAAAUGUCCCGUCAAGGGCGGCGAGAUCACCGUUCGCACAUUCAAGCGAGAUUCAUCAGCAGAGACUCGGCUACAGCCCAAGCCGGCGUACGUCAAUUUCCAUGGCGGAGGAUGGGUUUUUGGCGGGCUCGAAACGGAUUUUGACUUUUGUAAAAGACUGGUGCACAAUCUGGAUUGCGUGGCCUUUGAUGUUGACUAUCGUCUUGCGCCGGAAUAUCCAUAUCCCACCCCAGUCGAGGACUGCAUUGCCGCGUUUCGUUGGAUCCGAGAGACACUCAGAGAUGAAUUCAACAUUGAUCUUUCGCGUAUUGCUGUCGGUGGAUGUUCGGCUGGGGGCCAUCUGAGUGCCGUGAUUGCACACGUUUGUCGCAAUGAAAGUAUCCCAUUAGCCCUACAAGUCCUUGCAGUCCCAGUCGUCGACCUUCAUGUAUUCACUCCCGAAGGUGAACUACGACCGGAUAGCCCGUACGCAUCAUAUAGGGACCUAGCAUACACACAGCCUCUACCUCUUGAGCGCAUGAGUUGGUUCCACAAAGCGUUUUUGGGUAAUCCACGACCGGCAGAGUUGGACAAUGACUGGAAGGUAUCGCCGAUUCUGGCCCCUGACUUCAAGAACCUGGCUCCUGCUCUGGUCCUCAUAGCCGGGAUGGAUCCUCUCAGAGACGAAGGAGAGGCGUACGCAGCAAAGAUGCGGGAAGCAGGAUGUCAAGUGGAUAUGAUACGCUUUGAGGGGGCACCGCAUACUUUUAUGCAAUUGGACGGUAUUUUGGAAUCCGGGAAGAAGUACAACGAAACAGUGGUAGCUGCUCUCCAAAAGACAUUCGGGCUGUAA